UGGGACACUGCAGCUUUCGUCUGGCCACCUCGAUGGUGGUUGCUCUGAUGUGCACCACCUGCAUCCGUGUGAACGGACUGCCCCAUCCACCGGCCACCUCGGCGGCUCCGAUGAUGGAAAGGAUGGUGGAAAAGGCCUACGACGACAAGUUCGACAAUGUCGAUCUGGACGAGAUCCUCAACCAGGAGCGGCUGUUGAUCAACUACAUAAAGUGCCUGGAGGGCACAGGUCCUUGCACACCCGAUGCCAAGAUGCUGAAGGAAAUCCUACCCGACGCCAUCCAAACCGAUUGCACCAAAUGCACCGAGAAGCAGCGGUAUGGUGCUGAAAAGGUAACUAGGCAUCUCAUUGACAACCGAGCCGCUGAUUGGGAGCGGCUGGAGAAGAUCUACGAUCCCGAGGGACUGUACCGCAUGAAGUACGAGGAGAUGAAGGCAAAGGAAGCAAAUGAAGCCAAGGAAGCCAAAGAGGAGCGUUAAUUAACCUCUAAUGUAGGUGUUCAAUUUAGUGUUUAUUCUGUUUAAAUUACC